AUGCCGGCGCAGCGACUGCAGGGCUGCCGCUCCCUUCACAUUAACGAAGACAAUGGGCGCUUUCUGCUGCUCGCUGUGCUCAUCAUCGUGUACCUGCUGUGUGGAGCUGCGGUGUUUUCCGCCAUCGAGAGGCCGUCUGAGAUGCGAGCACACCGGCGCUGGAACCGGACCCUCCUGAACUUUAGCGAUACGUUCAAUAUCAGCUUGCAGGAUCUGGGCGCCUUUCUGAGAGAGUACGAGGCUGCGAUUGCUGCUGGAGUUAGGGUCGAUGCUCUUCGACCCAGAUGGGAUUUUACAGGAGCCUUUUAUUUUGUUGGGACAGUGGUGUCUACUAUAGGAUUUGGGAUGACCACCCCUGUCACGGUAGCUGGAAAGGUGUUCUUGAUCUUCUAUGGUCUGUUGGGUUGUGCGGCCACCAUCCUGUUCUUCAACCUCUUUCUGGAGCGCAUCAUUACCCUGCUGGCUGUGGUGAUGAAGGCCGUGCGUCUGCGCCGUCUGCGGACCAGUGGUCUCCUCCCGCCGGGGAUCUGCCAGGACUUCGCGGCGAGUACGUUGCCCGGUUGGAAACCCUCUGUGUACCACGUGAUGCUCAUUCUGGGCUUAUCAGCCAUCGUGAUCUCCUGCUGCGCCUCGGCCAUGUACACUCCAGUUGAAGGCUGGGCGUAUUUGGACUCGCUGUAUUUUUGCUUCGUCACCUUCAGCACCAUUGGAUUCGGAGAUUGGGUGAGCAGCCAAAGCGCAGCGUACGGCUAUCAAGGACUUUACCGUUUGGCCAACUUCAUCUUCAUCUUGACUGGAGUAUGUUGCAUCUACUCGCUCUUCAAUGUCAUCUCCAUCGUCAUCAAGCAGGUCCUCAAUUGGAUGUUGGGGAAAAUGAGCUGCUUGUGCUGCCAGCGCUGCAACAAAUCCAACGCUUUCUUGGGACGCCGCAACGCCAUCAGGCCCGGCUCGCGCCUCAGACGCGGACGCUUCGGUCGGACGCCGGACUCAGAUGGACCUUGCGAUAGCGACACUGAAGGACGCAGGCUCUCGGGCGAGAUGAUCUCCAUGCGGGACUUGACGGGAUCCAAUAAAAUCUCGCUUGCCAUCAUGCAGAAACAGCUGUCAGAGUCAGCAAAUGGAUAUCCCAGAACGGUGUGUGGAAGCUCGCGGCAGAACGGCUUUUCUGGCGGCGUUGGUGCUUUGGGCAUCAUGAACAACCGAUUAGCAGAAACCAGUGAUUCUAGAUAG